ACAUCGCGGUGCUCCAUUCUAACAACACUGCAGAUUGUUCUUCCUCUUUCUCUCGACUCUAAUAUCUUCCUUAUAACACGAUAUAUAACAUACAUAUACCUAUAUAUACAUAUAUAUAUAUUCACAUAUCCACCGUCACUUCCUCCUUCAUCAUCAUCAUCAUCUAUCCUCUUCCUUCUCCUCCUUAAUCUCCACCACCUUGUUGUCCACCUCCUUCUUUUUAGUUUCUCUCUCCUCGACUCUAGUCUGCAGUCCUUGUCUGUUAUCCUCCACUCUAUAUACCUGGUGUGUGUACACUGCAACUCUCCCUCUAGAAGAGCUAAAGAAAGAGUGAGAGAAGGCAAUUGGAAUUGUUCGCCCACUCUUGCAUCAGCAGCCAACGCAGAAGAGCCAAAGAGACUCUUUCUGACUGGUACGUCGUCUUCAAGGUGAAGAGUUGCCUCGGUUCAUACAAGGACAUUUUAUUAUCAAUCUUACAACUCUUCACCCAGCCUAUCUCUUCCGGUAACUCAAUAUAUUACAUUAUUAUUAUAUAUACGACGUGAACAUUCAACGCUUACAAAUAGUGCUAUUUGUGUGAUUAUUUUAUUUUAAAUUUAUUAUUUGUGCUCUUAUUUUUUUUUUUUUUUCACUGUGAAUUUGACUAUUUUUUGUUGGUUUUGAAUUAAUCAAGACUUAAGGAGUCAAAAUGGAUAAGAAGAAUCUCUUUGCAAGGCUCGCGUGGAUUCUACUGCUUGUUACUAUAAAUUCCAUUCAGGCUCAUCCCGAAGUAAUAGACUCUGAAAAACCAAAUUUAGAUACCGUAGUAGAAGAUACAACUGAUGACUAUUGGGCAGGCAGUGGAGCCGGUCCAGAAGAUGCUACAGAAUUAAACCGUACCGAGACGAGAGAAUCAUUAACCCAUGAAGCCAGUGAUCAGGAUACUGUGGUGUACUUGGGUGAAGGUGCUCAGUAUGUUCCGGUACCGGCAAUAAAACCUCGAGUACCGUUGAAUCCAAAUUUGCAAGCUCUCCAAACUCUACAGGGUCUUCAGGGCAUUGGUGCCACUGGUGGUACCGGUGGUGGUGGUCCGGCUUCAGGUACAGGUGGAACUGCUCUAUCUAGUGAUGACGAGUGGGGACGUCAUCCGGAAACUUGGGACAGAGAGCAUCGGAGAUAUAGACCUAAUACUACUCGUGUCCAACAUAUCGAGGCUGAAUGUCAAGAUGAUUAUAUGAAAAUACGUAUUGGAUUCAAUGGAUCAUUUGCCGGACUCUUAUACUCAGCUGGUUACUCUUAUGAUCCUGACUGCAUGUACGUCAACGGUACCGGAAGGGAUUACUACGAGUUUUAUAUUCAACUAAAUCGCUGCGGAACUCUUGGGGAAAAUACUCAUCAUCAAGAUAGCAGGAAAAAUCCAACGAAAAAUUUGAUGUGGAAUACAGUCACAGUCCAAUACAAUCCACUCAUCGAAGAAGAAUUCGAUGAACACUUCAAAGUUACGUGUGAAUACGGAUAUGAUUUUUGGAAAACUGUGACCUUUCCGUUUUUAGAUGUCGAAGUUGCGACAGGUAAUCCAGUUGUAUUUACAUUACAACCACCAGAAUGUUACAUGGAGAUAAGAUAUGGUUACGGAACAACUGGAACGAGAGUAGCUGGCCCUGUAAGAGUUGGCGAUCCACUUACUCUUAUCAUUUACAUGCGUAGUAAAUACGAUGGUUUCGAUAUUGUUGUUAAUGAUUGUUACGCUCACAAUGGCGGGAAUAAGAAGAUCCAACUUAUUGAUCAAUACGGCUGUCCGGUUGACGACAAACUAAUUAGCCGAUUUAGAGGAUCGUGGUCGGAAAGUGGACUCUUUGAAACUCAAGUAUUUGCUUAUAUGAAGACAUUCAGAUUCACCGGGUCACCGGCUUUGUACAUCGAGUGCGAUGUCCGAAUGUGUCACGGCAGAUGUCCGAGUCAACCAUGUCAUUGGAGAAAUUCAAAGAAUGUUGCGAAACGUUCGUUGGCUAUCGGCGGUCCUACAACACCGGCGACGAGUUUAUCUGAAAAUGUUAAUCUUUUCCAAUCGUUACGAGUUCUUCAAGAAGGAGAAGGCGAGGCUGAAGUAUUUCAGAAUACAACAGCUGCAUCUCAUAGUGGAGGAGUAAGUGAAGCAACAGGAGAAAAAGUUUGUUUACGAUCAACAGUCGUUAAUACAAUAGUAGGUUUUAGUUGUGGUUUAAUUUGCAUAAUGGUAGGUACUCUCCUCGUUCUUUGUUCGAGAAUACGACGAGCAGCUAGAGAAAAACUUCUUAGCGACAGUCUUAGUUAUAUGACUCAUAAAGGACGAAUUAAUUAAAAAAUAAUAACGCGACUUUUUUUUUUAUUCAAUGAAUAAAUAAAUAAAUUUGAAAAAAUACUCAUCAAUUACAACCACAAUGCAAAAAUACUUUAAAGAAUUAAACAAGACAAUGAUUAUGGAAAUUCGUCAAUAUAAUUAAUAGAAAAAAAAAGUUUAAUAUUUUAAACCGGGUUUUCACGUUUAAUUGAUGAAAACCACAAACAUAAACCGUUAGAGCAACCUCUAGGCGUUUGCGGGUUUAAAUUUAUCACGCAUUAACUACAAUGUGCGAUAUAUUAUUAUAAUAAUAAUAAUAAAAUACAAUAAUAAUCAUAAGAAUAAUACACGUAAUAUACACUAAUGAACAAGUAAUGAAGUAAUUAAAUUAAUAAAUUAGAUUUAAUUAAGGGUCUUCCGAACAAUAUACGCCAUUCAGUUUUAGUUAACGUUAUUUGAUAAAUUUUAUUAUUUCUAAUUAAUUUAAAGAAAUUAUUUAUUUUAAAUUUUUUAUUAAGAAAAGAAAAAAAAUUGAAAAAAACGAUAUUUAAUUUAAUUAAAUUACUGGCGUAUCAAUAAACAUAUCGAUAGAAUUAUAAUUUAUAUAAUAAUUAUUAUUAUGCGAUGCAGUAAGACUAUAAAAUUAGCAAAAUUAUAUGAAUUUUAAAGUAAUAAAAAAAAAUUAUGAUAAGAAUUGAGAAAUAUUAUAAUUUUCAGACAGUGUGAUUUUGGGGAGCGAAUAUCUUCGAAAUGGUUGAAUUUUCGAAAAUUUUGAAUCAGACCUUUUUUGUAGAGCAUUUAAUUCCCUACAAAAAACUGUAUUGAGAAUUUCUUAAUUCUUAUUGGUUGACAUGUUAGAAAAUUCAGAACAAGGAAAAACAAGAUCUUUGAAUUGUAUAUCAAACUUUGAGCUUGGAUAUCUUAUGAAUGGUCGAAUUUAUGAAAAAAUCAUAAGAAACCUUUUUUGUAGAUCAGCAAAUUUGCUACAAAAUCUUUUCAAAGAAAUUUUUUGUAUCUUGAUUUUUUCAGAAGUUAUGAAUUUUUUAGCAUGUUACUAAAUGAAAAAUUGAAAAUUAUAAACAGCCGGCUUUAAUAUCAAGAGCUCAAAUUUUAACUGGCGAUUUUUCAAUAUUUAAAAAAAAAAUAUUCCCUUAAUUUGAAACAGUCUAAUAAUCACUAGUCUUUCUGUCUCGAAUAAUAAAUAAAUAAAUGAAUUAGAUCAUUUAUAUAAAUACAUAACAGCAUUAUAUAUUUAAAUAAUUAUUUUGACAUACAUUGAAUAUUACUCCGUAAAAUGUCUCCGUUUUCAUGAUAAUCAUUUUAAAAAUAUUGCAUUAAUUAAACUAUAAAAUAUAUAAUAAUAGUUAUUAAUUAAUUAUUAUUAUUAUAAUUAAGUGCCUUGACGCGGUAAUACGGCCGGUGAGGAUUAAGUAAUAUUUCUCAUUGAGUGAAAGCAAAUUAAGACUCUUGUAUCAGACAGAAGUCAUAAGGAUUCACGCUACAUGCUCCUUCUUCAUUACUUUUAAAGAAAAA